UCCUGAAUGUCUUCUUGGCCAUUGCUGUGGAUAACCUUGCCAAUGCACAAGAGUUGACCAAGGAUGAAGAGGAAAUGGAAGAAGCUACCAACCAAAAACUUGCCUUGCAGAAGGCCAAGGAGGUUGCAGAUGUUAGUCCCCUGUCAGCUGCUAACAUUUCUAUUGCAGCCAAACAGCAGAAUUCCUCCAAAUCUAAAUCAGUGUGGGAACAGAGGACCAGCCAGCUCCGAAUGUAUAACUUCAGGACCAGCUGUGAAGCCUUGUACAAUGAGCUGGACCCAGAGGACAGGGUUCGCUAUGCUACCAACCUCCACAUCCGCCCCGACAUGAAGACUCACCUGGAUCGGCCUCUGGUAGUUGAGCCAAGGAGCGAAGGCCGUAGCAGCAACAUCAACCCAGCGAGCCCUGUGGAGGGGCAGGAGGCCUUGGACCAGGUGAGAGCCCCCCCAUCUGAGAACAAUGAGGCUCUGCGGAAGCACCACCGGCAUCGUGAGAAGGAGAAGAUGGGAGAGAUGGAAAAAAGCGGUGCAGUCAAGGAAGAGAAUGGCGAACUGGGUGGCAACCAUAUGGAGGAGCGUCACCGGCCACACCGGAGUGGCAGCAAAGAGGGAGGCGAGGGGGGAAGGAAGGAAGGGAAAAGUGAACGCAACCGAAGCCAGGACGGAGGCAGGCAUCACCACCACUGUGGGUCAGUGGAGGAAGGCGCUGAGAGGGAACAUCGGCGCCACCGCAGUCAUCGGCAUCCGGCUGAGCGGCAAGCCAAAGAGGGCAACGGAACUGCCAACGGGGCCAAGACUGAACGACGCUCACGUCACCGGGGAGGGUCCCGGCUGGGCAAUCGAGAAGGGGACCCGGGCUCCAAAGGGGAGGGCGGUGAGGAGCCCCACAGACGGCAUAAGAUACGGCACAAGGCACUCUCCACUUAUGAGUCCGUGGACAAGGAAAAUGGAGAGAAAGAGGGAGAACUAGGAAAAAAGGAAUCGAGGAAUCUCCAGCCAAGGGAAAGCCAAUGUGACACAGAGGCAGGCAUGAGUGUAACUGUUGCGCCUUUGCACACCUUGCCCAGCACCUGUCUGCAGAGGGUGCCUGAGCAGCCAGAGGAUGCUGACAACCAGAAGAAUGUGACCCGCAUGGGUCAACCAUCUCUGGACAAGACUGCCCCUGUGAGCAUCCCUGUCACUGUCACUGCUCCUCUGGGGGAAGCCUCCGUCAUACCAAUGAACAAUGUUGAAUUUGAAGCCAAAAUGGAAGAGAAAAAAGACAUAGACGCUGACGAUGACUUGGCCAACAGUGGACCAAAACCGAUCCUUCCGUACAGCUCCAUGUUCAUCUUAAGCCCAACCAACCCAAUCCGGCGCCUCUGCCACUACAUUGUCAACAUGCGUUACUUUGAGAUGGUCAUCCUCUUCGUUAUUGCACUCAGCAGCAUCGCACUUGCGGCUGAAGACCCUGUUCGAGCGGACUCACCCAGAAAUGAGGCUCUCAAGUACCUGGAUUAUAUAUUUACAGGGGUCUUUACCUUUGAGAUGGUGAUCAAGAUGAUUGACUUGGGACUUCUGCUGCAUCCUGGUUCAUAUUUCCGGGAUCUUUGGAACAUCCUCGACUUCAUUGUGGUCAGUGGAGCUCUUGUGGCGUUUGCCUUUUCAGGGAACAAAGGGAAGGAUAUUAACACCAUUAAGUCCCUUCGGGUUCUACGGGUCCUUCGGCCACUGAAAACCAUCAAACGGCUACCAAAAUUGAAGGCUGUCUUUGACUGCGUGGUGAAUUCUCUGAAGAACGUUCUCAACAUCCUCAUUGUCUACAUGCUCUUCAUGUUCAUAUUUGCAGUCAUUGCCGUACAGCUUUUCAAAGGGCGGUUUUUCUACUGCACAGAUGAAUCAAAGGACUUGGAGAAAGACUGCAGAGGCCAGUAUCUGGCUUACGAGAAGGAUGAGGUGGAAGCUCAGCCCAGACAGUGGAAGAAGUACGAUUUUCACUAUGACAACGUCCUCUGGGCUCUGUUGACCCUCUUCACGGUCUCCACCGGAGAAGGAUGGCCAACUGUUUUGAAGCACUCUGUUGAUGCGACGUAUGAAAACCAAGGCCCAAGUCCUGGGUACCGGAUGGAGAUGUCUAUCUUUUAUGUGGUCUAUUUUGUUGUCUUCCCAUUUUUCUUUGUGAAUAUCUUUGUAGCUUUAAUCAUCAUCACCUUCCAGGAGCAGGGUGACAAAGUGAUGUCUGAAUGCAGCCUUGAGAAAAAUGAGAGAGCCUGCAUAGACUUUGCCAUCAGUGCCAAGCCUCUGACCCGCUAUAUGCCCCAAAACAAACAGUCAUUCCAGUACAGGAUGUGGAAAUUUGUGGUGUCCCUUCCUUUUGAGUACUUUAUCAUGGUCAUGAUCGCACUGAAUACCAUUGUGCUUAUGAUGAAGUUCUAUGGUGCCCCUGAACCCUAUGAGGAUAUGCUGAAAUGCCUCAAUAUUGUAUUCACGUCCAUGUUUUCACUGGAAUGUGUCUUGAAGAUCAUCGCGUUUGGUGCAUUGAAUUAUUUUCGUGAUGCCUGGAACAUUUUUGAUUUUGUCACAGUCUUGGGAAGUAUUACUGAUAUUUUAGUAACGGAGAUUGCGGAUAAUUUCAUCAACCUGAGCUUCCUCCGACUCUUCCGGGCAGCACGGCUUAUCAAGCUUCUCCGUCAGGGCUAUACCAUACGGAUUCUGCUGUGGACCUUUGUCCAGUCCUUCAAGGCCUUGCCAUAUGUGUGCCUCCUCAUUGCCAUGCUGUUCUUCAUCUAUGCCAUAAUUGGCAUGCAGGUCUUUGGAAACAUUGCUUUGAAUGAUGACAGCUCCAUUAACCGUCACAAUAACUUCCAAACGUUUCUGCAAGCACUAAUGCUGCUUUUCCGGAGUGCUACUGGGGAAGCCUGGCAUGAAAUCAUGCUCGCAUGCCUCAGCAAUCAGCCAUGUGAUGAGCAUUCAAACCUCAGCAGAAAUGAAUGUGGCAGUGACUUUGCUUACUUCUACUUUGUCUCCUUCAUCUUCCUCUGCUCCUUUCUGAUGUUGAACCUGUUUGUGGCUGUAAUCAUGGACAACUUUGAGUACUUGACACGAGAUUCUUCCAUCCUAGGACCCCAUCAUCUGGAUGAGUUCAUUCGAGUUUGGGCAGAGUAUGACCCAGCUGCUUGUUGCCGGAUACAUUAUAAGGAUAUGUACAAUUUAUUCCGAGCUAUUGCCCCUCCCCUGGGCUUAGGAAAGAAGUGCCCUCAUAGAGUGGCAUACAAGCGCUUAGUCAGGAUGAACAUGCCCAUCUCAAAUGAUGAUUUAAGCGUCCACUUCACAUCAACACUAAUGGCCUUGAUCCGGACAGCCCUGGACAUCAAGCUUGCAUCAGGCAUACUGCAACACCAGUGUGAUGCUGAGCUACGGAAGGAGAUCUCACUGGUUUGGCCCAAUCUAUCCCCCAAAGCCUUGGAUCUGUUAGUGCCACCUCAUAAACCUGAAGCAAUGACAGUGGGGAAGGUCUAUGCAGCCUUGAUGAUAUUUGAUUUCUACAAACAAAACAAAAACACCCGAGACCCUUCUCAGUCAGGGCCUGGAGGUCUCUGUCAGACCGGGACUGUUUCCCUUUUCCAUCCUUUGAAAGCAGCACUGGAGCAAAGCCAGCCAGCGUUCCCCAAACCUUUUCUGCAUCAAAAGAGCUCUGCAUCACUCAACAAUGGGGGCGCCUUACCAAUGCCAGAGGGAGGAGGCAUCAAGGAAUCUGUUUCCUGGGGGACCCAACGCACCCAGAGCAUGUUUUAUGAAACUAGGACACCAGCAUUUGAACGGGGCCAUUCAGAGGAAAUUUCCGUCCAGCAGGUGGUAGAAAUGCAAGAAAUCAGCCCAACUUUAGCCAAUGGUGAACAUCAGCCAGGACUGGAGAGCCAAGGCCGAGCUGCUUCCAUGCCUCGCCUGGCAGCUGAAACUCAGCCCAUUCCGGACACCAGCCCCAUGAAGCGAUCUGUCUCCACGCUGAACCCACAGCGCCCCCAUGCCACACACCUCUAUGAACAUUCCCGGACAGCCGAACACACCCACCACCAUCACCACCAUCGUUGCCACCGGCGGAGAGAGAAGAAGCAGCAGAAGUCAAUUGAUAAGCCACCCAACCACUUAGUUGAGGAUGAGGCUCCUGCAGGGGAAGGCGUGUCCAAGCCCAAAAAGCAGGAGCGGGGCCGGUCCCAGGAACGGAAGCUCCAUUCUUCCUCCUCCUCCGAAAAGCAACGCUUUUAUUCCUGUGAUCGCUAUGGGAGUCGAGAUCGUUCCCAGCCCAAGUCACCUGAAUGCAGUAGACCCCCAUCCCCCAGCGGAGGGCAGGAACAUGGGACACAGAAACAGGGCAGUGGUUCAGUUAAUGGGAGCCCCCUGCUGUUGACCUCUGGUGCUAGCACCCCGUGCCGUGGUCGGAGGCAGUUGCCGCAAACCCCGCUGACUCCGCGCCCCAGCAUUACCUACAAGACUGCCAACUCCUCGCCUGUGCAUUUCUCUGGGUUCCAGACUGGCCUGCCCACCUUCUCCCCGGGACGCUUGAGCCGGGGUCUCUCUGAGCACAAUGCUUUGCUGCAUGGCGACUCCCAGGGGCCCUCACAGACCCUGGUGGCACGGAUUGGUUCGGACCCUUACCUGGGACACCGAGAAGAGAGUGACAGUCCAUACCACAUGAUGCCUGAGGACACGCUCACAUUUGAGGAGGCGGUGGCUACCAAUUCAGGGAGAUCCUCCCGGACUUCUUAUGUCUCCUCUUUAACUUCCCAGUCCCACCAAAUUCGCCGAGUUCCCAAUGGGUACCACUAUGUCUUGGGACUAAGUGCUGGCCCUGGCACCAGCACCAGGGCACGUAGCUAUUACCACGAGCGAGAGGAAGACGAUUGGUGCUAGCAGGAAAAGAACCAAGUUGCACGCUGGAGGUUGAUGAGUUUUAUCAUCCAGGGAACCGCCAUGUUUGCGUGCAUGUAUUUGUAUCCAGCCCUGUGGCAUCGAGGCUGGUGGGGCAAUGAAGAUACAAGCAGCUGCCUCCCUGUGGAACACCCCUGCCAAGGUUGUACUGGGUGCAUGCACAAGAUCAUUGGAAGCGAUGCCUGAUCUCUCUGUUCUUGGUUUCUUCCUUUGCACUAGAGAGCUAUUGAUCAAUCAGGAAAGGCGUUGGUUUGGAUGGUCUGAGUGGGGCAAAUUUGCUUCUGUUCUGCUCCCUGCUGCCAUGUCACAGGAGAGUUCACCUCCCCCCAGAUUACAAAACUGUAACAAAAGGCCAGGGAGAAAACCCUAACCUUUAGAAAACCCUAACCUUUAAGGACUGGAAUCUGCACAGUUUGGGAUGACCAGGUGGGGAAGAAAAAACAAAUGCUGUUGUACAAAGAAACAACCUAUAUUUUAUUGUGCCCACAUUUUAAGAAGGGAAUUUAUCCAACUGGAUCUCAACCCUUGGCCAACGGCGACGCUUUUAAACCGAGCCAUUUAUGGAAACUUCCAGUUGAUCAAGGCACCCUAUGGCCAUGCCCAACUUCUUGGUCCAUCCUUUUGUCUCCACAUUCUGGGUCCUUCCCACCAGCGUUUUGGAAAAGCCCUUCAGGAGAGGAGCAGUUUUGGCAAGGGCAACUUCUCCAAUCUUGUUCUUGCUACUGAACUUUUCUCCUCUGACAAGACAGAUGGUGGCCCCUUUCUUAAUUUUCAUCUUGUUUACAAAUCUGAGCUUGCGAGGGGA